UACGACUCGGAUCGUCUGCUGAAAAUAGACUCUCUAACGUUAUACGUGACUAGCUAAAUAACAUGAAUGACACAGAGAACCCGCCUUUUCUUGGUCUAAUAUUGGAGAAAGAGUACAUUUUCUCAGUCGCUGUCCAUUACACACUGUUACUUCAUAAUACAAUCAGUGAAGCAGUUAUUUGGAUUCUAGAUGUUAGCAACAAACUUUUGGAAGGCAUAGUCCAGAUUUUGCCAUGUGCACAACUGGAAACUAAGCUCAUCUUAGUUUUUUGUACAAUUUCUGUGCUGAUUUGUGGGAUAACAUGCAUGAAAGCAUCAAAUCGUCGUAGCGAAAGCUUAUUUCCUCCUGCUGGUACUAAUUCCAUGUAUGACACUAGUGUGUUUGAUUUAGCAAAGACAGCUUAUGAACCAGGACACACAGAGGCUGUUGUCAAGCUAGUGGAACACUAUGGAUAUAACAUUAACUAUGUCAUGCCAACAAAUGGUCUAUCCUUAUUUCUGUGUGCUUGUCUGGGUGGAAGAAGGGAGUUGAUUUUAUACAUGCUGGAAAGAGGGGCUGAUGUGAAAAGGACCACAUCUUCAGGAGACACUGCUUUAUACCUGGCCACAUAUGGUAUUCUUAAUUCCCACACACCAGACCAAGAAAUCAUUAAUGACCUCAUAAAGGCAGGAUGUGAUGUGAAUCAACAAAAUGCCAAAGGCUACACCCCUCUCCACCGAGCAGCCAGUAAAGGAAAUCUUACCAUCAUCAGCUGCUUGCUUCACAAUGGUGCAGACCCUUACCUGUGUAGCAAAUCAGGAAUCUAUCCAAUUGACAGUGCCAUUACUGCAGGUCAUGUAGAGGCCGCCGAGCUGCUGAAGGUCGAGGUCACGAACCCUCAUGUAUGGGAUGUGGUGGACCCCCACACUCCGCCCCGGAUACAGCUCGGUCUCCUAAGUCCCCCCAGACGCCACUUGAUGGAAUCAACCCGUAAAGGAUCAAUCACAAAAGUUCAUCGUAGUGAAACCUAAUACUGUAGAAGUAUGCAGUACUUUGAAGAAAAAACCCAAUAAUACCUAUAUAAUCAUGUAGUGGAAGCAAUCCACAGUUGGUGAUUAUAAGACAUUCUUCAUAGAAAAUGCGCAGGAAUUUUUUCCUUCGUUAUUAUUCCAUUUAACUUAGAAUCAUAUGAUUUAUUGUUUAUGAUUUAUUUUUAUUUUUAAAGCAAAGAACAUUUCAAAUUAGCGUUUAACAAACCUAAAAACUUUACCAUUGACAUGCAUUCCACUGCAAUGAAUGCUUAUAAUGAUUGGUAUUAAAAGGUCUUACAUACAUGUAAUUAUAAGAGGUCCGCAUUACAAUUCAUUAGAAAAUUAAUAAAAAGUUGGUUGUCCCUGUAA